AUGGCAUCGACGUUUUCCCGCGAUAGCAAAAGCGAGGAAGAGCGGCCGCUAUAUGAAGACUUUACAAACGGAUGGAAGCCAAAGGUAUCGUAUCACUUUAAUGAGGAGGCAGCACAGUUUCAUUUUGGCAUGAAACAUCCGAUGAAGCCGUUUCGGUUGAUGCUCACGGAUCACUUGGUAUUGAGCUACGGGAUGCACAAUAAAAUGGACUGGUAUAAGCCGCGGGCGGCUACCGAGGACGAGAUUGAGCAGUUCCAUGCCGAUGAGUAUGUCAAGUUUCUGCAGAGCGUGACGCCGUCUACCUUGGACCAGUUUCCCGACGCGCCGUCCAAGUUCAAUAUUGGAGACGACUGUCCUAUAUUUGAUGGACUGUAUGAGUAUGCUAGCAUUUGUGCAGGCGCAAGUGUUGAUGCCAGCCGCAAAUUAAUUAAUGAUCAAAGUGAUAUUGCCAUCAACUGGUCCGGUGGUCUUCAUCACGCCAAAAAGUUUGAAGCCUCAGGGUUUUGCUAUGUCAACGACAUUGUUUUGGGUAUUUUGAACCUGCUGCGGGUAUAUUCCCGUGUAUUGUAUAUUGAUAUCGAUGUUCAUCACGGUGAUGGUGUUCAAGAAGCCUUCUAUUUAACAGACAGGGUCAUGACUCUAUCUUUCCACAAAUAUAAUGGCGAGUAUUUCCCGGGAACCGGCAGCCUGGACGAGAUAGGUGCUGAAAAUGGCAAGCAUUACAGUCUUAAUGUGCCGCUACGAGACGGUAUAGAUGAUGAGUCCUACACCAGGCUGUUCAAAUCGAUUCUCGAACAGGUUUUGGUCAAAUUCCGGCCCGAGGCAAUUGUUCUGCAGUGCGGCGCUGAUUCUUUAGGCGGCGACCGUCUUGGCCGUUUCAAUUUGAAUAUCCAAGCCCAUGCGGAAUGCGUGCGAUUCACAAAAUCUUUCAACAUCCCCCUGAUGGUGUUGGGCGGCGGGGGGUACACACCUCGAAAUGUUUCGCGCCUGUGGGCAUACGAAACAGCUGUUUGCUUAGGAAUAGAACCGGACACGGAACUGCCCGCUAAUUUGCCGUUCUAUCAGCAUUUCGCUCCAGAUUAUAGUCUGUUCCCCCAGCUUUCUGGGCUGGUGGAAAAUCACAACUCCCGCGGUUACUUGGAAUCAGUGCAUUCACAGGUUCUAGAACAGCUGAGAUAUUUAAACGGCGCCCCGUCGGUCCAAAUGCAAGCGAUUCCGCCAGAUCUUUUUGGCCAAACGACCGAACACGACCAGCAGAUAGCCGAAGCCCGGAUCGAUCCUGACGCACGUGAUCUAACCCUGGAUGCGAAAGAUAACGCGCGGCAAGGUGAGCUGGUUGAAGGGUGA